UGAAGCACCACCUCGGUUCGGGGCAGGUAUGUUACUGGUGAUGCCCGCAGGACUUGAGCGAGCAGAUCUCCGUUGAAUGUCUCCAAAUUGGUAGUUCUAUUUCUCACGAGGGCCUUCAAUCUACUACCGCCGACACGUCGAGCUAAUAUCCUACAAUUGUCCUCAGAAGCUUGAAAUGCAUUCUCUAGCGCGGCAAUCGACCCUGCGCAGUGCUCGCUUCUGCCUGCGUCACAACCAACCGAUAGCGAUUUCGCGACUCUCAGCAUACAGGAGACUUCUGUCAACACUCGCAGUCCUUGAACAAAGAGAUGGAAAGCUCAAUACGUCCUCGCUGGCUGCGGUGACAGCUGCACAGAAACUUGGAGGCACAAUAACAGCAUUUAUUGCUGGUGGUGGAGUGAAAGCCGUAGCAGACGAAACUGCCAAGGUUAAGGGCAUCGAAAAGAUCAUAUAUGUCGACAACGCAGCUUAUGAUCGGGGCCUGCCAGAGAAUUAUGCACCGCUGCUCGUAGAAAACAUAAAGAAGGGUGGCUUCACACACAUCUUCGCAGGUCACUCAGCAUUCGGGAAGGCAUUGAUACCCAGAGUAGCUGCCAUGCUUGACUCGCAGCAAAUAUCAGACAUCACAGCAGUAGAGAGCGAAGACACUUUCGUUCGGCCCAUAUACGCCGGAAAUGCCAUACUCACGGUUCAGUCAUCCGACGCUAUCAAAUUUAUAACAGUCCGUGCCACCGCGUUCCCAUCGCCUGAGCUCGAGGGAGGCUCUGGUGAGGCGUCUGAGGGAAUCGACCCCAAGGCAGAAUGCAAUAUUGAAUGGGUUUCGGAAGAUUUGGCGAAGUCAGAUCGACCAGAACUAGCAACAGCAGGCAAAGUUGUGUCGGGAGGACGAGGCUUGAAGUCAAAAGAGGAGUUUGACAGGCUCAUGCCUCCUUUGGCGGAUGCCCUCGGAGCCGCCAUUGGAGCUUCGCGAGCUGCUGUAGACAGUGGCUUUGCAGACAACAGUCUUCAAGUAGGACAGACCGGCAAGAAUGUUGCGCCACAACUCUACCUCUGCGCAGGUAUCUCUGGCGCAAUCCAGCAUUUGGCCGGCAUGAAGGACAGCAAAGUUAUCGCAGCUAUCAACAAGGACCCUGACGCGCCGAUAUUUCAGGUCGCCGAUGUAGGGUUGGUUGGAGAUCUGUUCGAAAAGGUGCCAGAGUUGACAGAGAAGCUGAAGCAGUAAGCUUGUAGCCGGCAUGGUGUUUCUGUAAAUAGGAGAUCAGGUGGCAUCAUUCAACUAUUCUCCAGCGAUAUAUACUGUAGAAUGUAUCUUUUGUGUAUGCUCUACGAAUAGCGCCUGACACUUCCUCAUUCACCUACGUACAUACCUAAUAGUAGUAAUAAUUAC